AUGCCCGCGUCGGAUGGGUCGGAAAGUCUGGAUACGCUUCCCGCGGAGCUUCUGCUCGACAUCAUCGAGUAUUUCGGCGAGCAAGAGCACCUCCCGAAACGCGAUCGCGUGGCCUUUGUGCUCUCGCUUGUCAACAGACGUCUACGUGCACUUACACUUCCCAUCCUUGCACGCGAGAUCUCCGUCCGCAGGAGCGAGGAGCUUGCUGAUAUCGCUCACUAUUUUCUAGGACGCGGGAAGGAACGUGCGGCCUGUGUUCGGGAGAAUGUGUUCCGUCUGCAGGACAUGGCCCUUCUCGAGGGACUCACGCAUCUGAAGGAGCUUGCACUCGCGUGGUUUAUCGAAGAGCGGCUCCCGGACCUCGCGCCCUUCCCAGAACUCGAGACUCUCCGCCUCUACAUCCGCUGUCCGGCCGCGCACAACCUCAGCGUGAUCUACUACUCCCCGGAAUGCACCGUCUACAGGAACCUCACGACCCUGCACAUACGCGACAACGACUUCGCCGACUGGCUAAGGUGCCGUCUGGACAGAUUCGUGUUCCCCGCGCUGCGCGUACUCCAUCUGCAGAACACCGCCACCCCAGUCUCCUGGAUCUACGCGUUCAUCCACAGGCACCCGACGCUACGAUAUGUGAACUUCUCCCUCCAUCCAGACGUACACGAGCUCUUGUCGCUGGACGCGCUCAUAAAGCUCAUUGAUGGAACAGGAACCUGGGGCCAGCUCGUGCAAGGUGAGGACGCGGGCGAGCGGGACCACGGCUUGCCAGACGAGUUGAAUGUUAAGGGCCAUGUAGACAAGGUGUUCCUCGACUGGAGGUCUGAGGCCCGCCGAGGCUAUCCACUCAUCAUCUUCACAGCAUUCGCCUUCUCGCGCGUCCCCCUUUCCCCGGACGCCACCAAGUGGGAUCAGCCCGUCGGUUCUCCCGAGCCGCGUUAUGCAGCCACGGAGAUUGCACUGCCUAUCCUCGACAGUGUUAGUUUCGACUUUCUUUUCCACGUCAUCACCAUCCAGCAAUUCUUGGAGAGCAUGCCGGAGAGAUUUCCCCUCCUGGAAACGCUGCGCCUUCACCGCACUGGUGAAGACCUGGAGUUUCAUUUUAAUAUCACGAUGCGCGAGGUUAAAUAUAGUGAUCCUUGCGGUACCCAGGGAGACUGUGCGGAGGCGCUCAAGAAAUGGAAGGCGCUGCGCCGGCUCUCCCUCCGCUGGGAUCUCUCUCACCAAGACCAGUGGAGUCCAGACAAAUGGGAAAAUCCCGGACGUGCCGUACUCCUCGAUAUCGUCGAGCCGCCUGUGCACCGCUACGACGACGAAAUGACCGUCGACUGGGAGCGCAUGCCGCGGUUCGGCGUGCCGCACUGCUACGACGAGCUGCUCUCAAAAUACCCAGGCAUAUUGGAUCUCAUCACGGACCAGAUCCCGCCUGCGCUCCGGGAGACGUUCGGCGACGACUUCGACUUGGAGGCGAACGCGCAAGACCGGCGUGUCUUGAUGAACGCGUGGGAGAGUCGCCACUCACAGCGGGUCGCCGCGGGGAUGCGUCACCUGGCGAGCUCCUGCCCUAUGCUGGAGCAGAUCGAGUGGUACCCCGUCGGCAGCGCUCCGAAUUAUGACUGGGAGCAACCCGUACGGUGGUUGUGGGAGGUGCACCGCGAAAAGGAGAGCCAGGAGGUGAGGUCGGUGACGGGUGAGCUCACGUUCACAGGCUGUAUGCAGGGCGACCCGCCUCCGUUCUACAUCCUGGUUGGGGAGGAACUGAAGCGCGCUCUAUCAGAGUGGCAGCGGGGUGUCUGGGGUUGA